UACGAACGAAGUUGCUCGUAUAGGUAAUACACAAGAAUUAUUAUCAACACCGACUGAUAACUUGAAUUUUGCAAUACUAAUCUAGAAGACUUAAAAUUAUGUGUUGUGUAGUUGUAAUAAUUGUGUUAUUAUAAUCGUUCAUACAGUACAUAUAGAUCGUUUUGAAAAUGAUGUUCCUUACCGAUAUAGUUCAAUAUUAAUUAAUUUCUUACAAACAUUUUUAAGUUUUUAAUAAACAUAACAGUGAGAUAAUAUAUUAUAUAAGUACAAGUUUGUAGAAUAUUGUUUAGUGAUGUUUACAUGAUUUAUAUAAUAUAUUAUAAAGUUUCGCUUCAAUAUUAAUUCAUCGUUAGCCAUGAAGGUUACGUAUUCCUGGUUCAUAUAUUCAUGUUUAAUUUUUGAAACAGAUGUUUUUUGUGAUAGAAUACUUGAAAAACGACAAACUGUUUCAUCAUGCAAAAUUAGAGACCAAUACAAAUGUAUAUCUGGCCAAUGUAUUGAUAAAACAUCAAUUUGUGAUGGAACUCGAGAUUGUAAUGAUGGGUCUGAUGAAACUUUGGCAUUAUGUAAUACAGUUCGGUGUCAAAAAUAUACAUUCCGGUGUAAAUAUGGGGCUUGUGUAAAUACAGAAAGUAAAUGUGAUGGUGUAAGACAGUGUGCUGAUGGAUCUGAUGAAGAAAAUUGUCCUGGUCCUAUUUCUAUAUCUGCAGAUACAUUAACACUAAAACUUAGUAAUACAACACAAAUAACGACGGAGUCAAAUAAAAAGAAAUCAUGCAUUUUACCAAGCCUUGAAGGAGUUAUAUAUUCUUACGAAGGUUCAGAUGACAUUUUAUCUCACGGGACAUUGAUUAAACACAAUCGCACUGUUAUCGAGAACUGUCAAGUUGGAUAUCAUAAGGCUCACCACAAUAGUUUUAGGGUUUGUCAGGGAAAUGGAAAAUGGAUAUCUAAAUCUGAUAAAUUAUGUUUCAAAUGCGGUAGAUCGUAUAUCGGACACCAAUUAUUGAUCGAUAAUGGUAAAACAGCACAAGUUGGAACAGCACCUUGGAAUGUAGGAGUAUAUCGAUUUAAUAAAGAGAAUUCUAAGUAUGACUUGAUAUGCGGAGGAUCACUUAUUGCUGAAAAUAUAGUCGUUUCUGCAUCACAUUGUUUUUGGCAAAAUGGUAUGUUAUCUAAUAGAAUAUCAAUAAACAAUGGUCUAUAUAGAAUUGCUGUUGGGAAAUAUUAUAGAAAUUACACAGUUAUUGACAAUGAUUUUACUCAAAUAAUGGAUGUGGAAACAAUUUAUCUGAAAGAAGACUAUUUGGGAUAUAAUCGGUUCUAUUCUGAUGAUAUAUCUGUUAUCGUGUUAUCAAACAGAGUUAAUAUUAGUGAUGCUGUUGCACCAGUUUGUGUUGAUUGGAAUGGUAGACAUAAUGUAACAAAUGGAGCUCAAGGAAAGAUUGUUGGUUGGGGAAAUACAGAAAAAGACAUACCAAGUCCAGUUUUAUUAGAAGCAACUUUACCGUACAUUGAUUAUAAUUCUUGUCGAAGCAUGUAUACCAAUGACUUUCAAAAGUUUGUGACUUUUGAUAAAUUUUGUGCUGGAUCUAUAUCAGGACCAGGAGUUCGUCAAGGUGACAGUGGUGCAGGCUUGACGUUUUUACAUUCUGAUUUUUAUUAUUUAACCGGAAUAGUGAGUCUCAAGGAUCCAAAUUCAAAUACUUCAAUUGCAGUUUUUACAAAUGUUAGCUCCCACAUUAAAUGGCUUCGUGAAACGUAUAAAAAAUAUACAUCUUAUGACAGUUAUAAUAUGCAGGUUACGAAAAAUGCAUGUGUUUUACCAAGUGCGGAAGGGAUUAUAUAUUCUUAUGAAGGAUCAGAUAAAAUAUUAUCUCAUGGCACAUUAAUUAAUCCUCUUCGUAUUGUAAGUGAGAGCUGUGAAGUUGGAUAUCAUAAGGCUUAUCCUAAUGGUUUUAGGGUUUGUCAGGAAAAUGGAGAAUGGAAAUUGAAUUCUGAGAAUUUGUGUUUCAAAACGUGUCCACCUCUAUUAUCAGAUAGUUUAGAUAUUAAAUGUACUCUAAAUGGUAACUAUGCUAAUUGUUCAAAUCCGUCUAUACCCGGUACAAUUGCAAACCAAUCAUGUAAGUCAACUCAUAGACUACUAAAUGGACAAGAAGGAAUUCCAAUUGAAUUACGUUGUCAGUCUAAUGGGACGUGGAAUAAUAACCUAUAUAAAUGCACCCCAUAUUGCGGUAAACCAUACGCCAGCCAUCAGUUAUUGAUCGAUAAUGGUGCUACAGCGCAAGUAGGUACAGCACCUUGGAAUGUUGGAAUAUAUAGGUUUAAUAAUGAGAGUUCCACGUAUUUUUUAAUAUGUGGAGGAUCAAUAAUUGCUCCAAAUAUUGUCGUUUCUGCGGCUCAUUGUUAUUAUAGAAAAAAAAUGCUCUCCAAUAUAUUAUCGAUAAACGAUGGUUCAUACAAAGUUACCGUUGGAAAAUAUACUAGUGAUUACACUGUUAUUGACAAUGAAUUCACUCAAAUAAUGGAUGUGAAAAUAAUUUAUAUGAAAGAAGGUUAUUAUGGAGCUAACGGAUUUCAUGCUGAAGAUAUAGCUGUUGUCGUGUUGAAAAACAAAGUUCUUAUUAGUGCUGGUGUUGCACCAGUUUGUGUUGAUUGGAAUAGUAGAUAUAAUGUACCAAAUGGAGCCCAAGGAAAGUUUGUUGGUUGGGGAUAUACAGAAAAAAACAUAAUUAGCCCCGUUUUAUUAGAAGCAACAUUAUCGUACAUCGAUCAUAAUUCUUGUCGAAUCAUGUAUACAAAUGGAUUUCGAACGUUUGUGACUUCUGAUAAGUUCUGUGCCGGAUCUGAAUUAGAACAAACACCCCGUGAAGGCGACAGUGGUGCAGGUUUAACGUUUUUACAUUCUGAUUUUCAUUAUUUAACUGGUGUACUGAGUGUCAAGGAUGUAAAUACAAACAAUUCAAUUGUAGUUUUUACAAAUGUUAGGUCCCACAUUCAAUGGAUUCGUGAACUGUAUGACAAAUAUGCUUCUACAAUUGUUGGUUGGGGUAAAACAGAAAAAGACGUGUCAAGUCCCAUUUUAUUAGAAGCCAGUUUACCGUACAUCGACCAUAAUUCUUGUCGAAGCAUGUAUAAAACAUGUAUAAAAAUGGUUUUCAAACAACACGGGGCUCGUAAAGGUGACAGUGGUGCAGGCUUAAUGUUUUUACAUUCUAAUUCUUAUUAUUUAACUGGAGUAAUGAGUGUCAACGAUCCACAUGCAAACAAUUCAAUAUCGGUUUUUACAGAUAUUAAGUUUCACAUUCAAUGGCUUCAAUUUCGCUCCAAUAUUAAUUCAUCAUUAGCUAUGAAGGUUACGUAUUCCUGGUUAAUAUAUUCAUGGUUAAUUUUUGGAACAGAUGUUUUUUGUGAUAGAAUACUUGAAAAACGACAAACUGUUUCAUCAUGCAAAAUUAGAGACCAAUACAAAUGUAUAUCUGGCCAAUGUAUUGAUAAAACAUCAAUUUGUGAUGGAACUCGAGAUUGUAAUGAUGGGUCUGAUGAAACUUUGGCAUUAUGUAAUACAGUUCGGUGUCAAAAAUAUACAUUCCGGUGUAAAUAUGGGGCUUGUGUAAAUACAGAAAGUAAAUGUGAUGGUGUAAGACAGUGUGCUGAUGGAUCUGAUGAAGAAAAUUGUCCUGGUCCUAUUUCUAUAUCUGCAGAUCCAUUAACACUAAAACUUAGUAAUACAACACAAAUAACGACGGAGUCAAAUAAAAAGAAAUUAUGCAUUUUACCGAGCCUUGAAGGAGUUAUAUAUUCUUACGAAGGUUCAGAUGACAUUUUAUCUCACGGGACAUUGAUUAAACACAAUCGCACUGUUAUCGAGAACUGUCAAGUUGGAUAUCAUAAGGCUCACCACAAUAGUUUUAGGGUUUGUCAGGGAAAUGGAAAAUGGAUAUCUAAAUUUGAUAAAUUAUGUUUCAAAUGCGGUAGAUCGUAUAUCGGACACCAAUUAUUGAUCGAUAAUGGUAAAACAGCACAAGUUGGAACAGCACCUUGGAAUGUAGGAGUAUAUCGAUUUAAUAAAAAGAAUUCUAAGUAUGACUUGAUAUGCGGAGGAUCACUUAUUGCUGAAAAUAUAGUCGUUUCUGCAUCACAUUGUUUUUGGCAAAAUGGUAUGUUAUCUAAUAUAAUAUCAAUAAACAAUGGUCUAUAUAGAAUUGCUGUUGGGAAAUAUUAUAGAAAUUACACAGUUAUUGACAAUGAUUUUACUCAAAUAAUGGAUGUGGAAACAAUUUAUCUGAAAGAAGACUAUUUGGGAUAUAAUCGGUUCUAUUCUGAUGAUAUAUCUGUUAUUGUGUUAUCAAACAGAGUUAAUAUUAGUGAUGCUGUUGCACCAGUUUGUGUUGAUUGGAAUGGUAGAUAUAAUGUAACAAAUGGAGCUCAAGGAAAGAUUGUUGGUUGGGGAAAUACAGAAAACGACAUACCAAGUCCAGUUUUAUUAGAAGCAACUUUACCGUACAUUGAUUAUAAUUCAUGUCGAAGCAUGUAUACCAAUGACUUUCAAAAGUUUGUGACUUUUGAUAAAUUUUGUGCUGGAUCUAUAUCAGGACAAGGAGUUUGUCAAGGUGACAGUGGUGCAGGCUUGACGUUUUUACAUUCUGAUUUUUAUUAUUUAACCGGAAUAGUGAGUCUCAAGGAUCCAAAUUCAAAUAAUUCAAUUGCAGUUUUUACAAAUGUUAGGUCCCACAUUAAAUGGCUUCGUGAAACGUAUAAAAAAUAUACAUCUUAUGACAGUGAUAAUAUGCAGGUUACGAAAAAUGCAUGUGUUUUACCAAGUGCGGAAGGGAUUAUAUAUUCUUAUGAAGGAUCAGAUAAAAUAUUAUCUCAUGGCACAUUAAUUAAUCCUCUUCGUAUUGUAAGUGAGAGCUGUGAAGUUGGAUAUCAUAAGGCUUAUCCUAAUGGUUUUAGGGUUUGUCAGGAAAAUGGAGAAUGGAAAUUGAUUUCUGAGAAUUUGUGUUUUAAAACAUGUCCACCUCUAUUAUCAUAUGGUUUAGAUAUUAAAUGUACUCUAAAUGGUAACUAUGCUAAUUGUUCAAAUCCGUCUAUACCCGGUACAAUUGCAAACCAAUCAUGUAAGUCAACUCAUAGAAUACUAAAUGGACCAGAAGGAAUUCCAAUUGAAUUACGUUGUCAGUCUAAUGGAACAUGGAAUAAUCAACUAAAUGAAUGCACCCCAUCACCUUGGAAUGUAGGAAUAUAUCAAUUUAAUAAAAACAAUUCCAAGUAUGACUUCAUAUGUAGUGGAUCAUUAAUUAGUUCAAAUUUAGUCGUUUCUGCGGCUCAUUGUUUUUGGAAAAGAAGUACGAAAUCUCAUCAAAUAUCAAUAAUCGAUGGUUCAUACAAAGUCGCCGUUGGAAAAUAUACUAGAAAUUUUACUGUUAUUGACAAUAAAUUUACUCAAAUAAUAGAUGUGAAAAUAAUUUAUAUGAAAGAAGGUUAUUAUGGAGCUAACGGAUUUCAUGCUAAAGAUAUAGCUGUUAUCGUGUUGAAAAACAAAGUUCUUAUUAGUGCUGGUGUCGUACCAGUUCGUAUUGAUUGGAGUUCUAAAUAUAAUGUACCAAUUGGAGCUGAAGGAAAGAUUGUUGGUUGGAGAAAAACAGAAAAAAACAUAAUUAGCCCCGUUUUAUUAGAAGCCAGUUUACCGUACAUCGACCAUAAUUCUUGUUCAAGCAUGUAUAAAAAUGGAUUUCAAUGGUUUGUGACUCCUGAUAAGUUCUGUGCCGGAUCUGAAUUAGAACAAACACCUGGUGUAAGCGACGUUGGUGCUGGUUUAACGUUUUUACAUUCUGAUUUUUAUUAUUUAACUGGUGUACUGAGUGUCAAGGAUCCAUAUUCAAAUAAUUCAAUUGUAGUUUUUACAAAUGUUAGGUCCCACAUUCAAUGGAUUCGUGAACUGUAUGACAAAUAUGCUUCUACAUAAUAUUAAUGAUAACAUAAUUAUAUUUAAGCCCAAUAGCAUAAUACUUAAAUGACAAAUUCUAUGUCUAAUUAAAAUUAAAAUUGUUAUGAAUAUAUUUUUACUGUUACAUAACAAUAUUUAACAAAUUAAUUUUGAACAAAUGUUCAUCAAAAUUAAAUUUAAUACGAAAUUAUUAUUAUAGGUAAUACAUAAGCAUUAUAAAAUUAAUUUACAAUUGUACGUAUCAGUUAUAUUAAAUUUGGUGUUUGAAAUAGUCGAGAAACAAGAUUAAAGUGCAGUUAUUUUACAGAAAUUGUAACAAAAAUAGGUUUUGAACUUCGUAGACAUGCUAUAGCCAUUAGCCAUAGUAUUUACUAUUAUACUUUUAUACUAUUUAAUUUUAAAUAUAAAUUGCGUUUGUAUAAUAUAAUCAAAUAUAUAAGCACUGUAUUAUUUAUAAUUAAAAUUUCU